UUAAGCAGUUAGAAUGUGACUUACAGGCCAGUCAAAAGAACUUUGAAGAUGUGGCUGAUGAAAAAACAGGUGGAAGCAGGAUAUCCCGCUUUUUGAAGAAUGUGGGGGGUCUGAAGCAAAAACUUAAAAAAACAGAAUUCCUCAUGGAUGAGAAGAAGGAAAAAUAUGAAGAGGAACUCUCCCAGCUCUCAACACGCCUCAAUACUUUAAUGAACAGCUCCUCCAUAACCACACCUGGCUUGACCUACGGGAAGAAAAGAAAACGGGGAAAAAUGACAUGGAAGAGCAGAGAAACCAGUAUAUCUUGCUAUGCACAGAACGGGAGGAAAAGAUCAAGGAGCUGGAGAAAACCCUGGAAGAUCUGAGACGCUCACAGGGAGUUAUCUCGAAUGUUGAGGCAUUCCAGCGUGAACUGGCAUGGAUGAAAGAAAAGAUGGAGGCUGCAGAAAAAGAGCGUGAUUUGCUAAAUUCAAACUUUGAUAGCUUGGAGAAGGAUUAUGAACAACUGCAAAAAGAAAAUGAGGAACUCCAGGCAAGCUGUGAAAGUGGAUCCUUCACAGAGACUGCUGAAGUCCACCAACUGAAAAAGAAAAUUGAACAAUUAUCAAAUGAAAAUGCAUCUUUAAAGAAUGACUCUGGGGUGAUGUCAAAGAACUCCUCUGCAAGUGGUGACCAUCUUCGGCCUUUUUGGGGGGUUAUUGAACGUGAGAAUAAUGAACUGAGGUUUAGACUUCGUGCUCUCAAUGCUCCAGCUGAAAAGGAGGUUCAGAACUUGAGGGAGGAGCUUGCUUUUGCAAAUCAGAAGUAUAUCAAUAAUGUUUCUGUCAAUGAUCUGCAGGAAGUGCAGGUCUUGGGUCUGAAGAACAUGGUUUAUCAUUUGGAGAAGGAUAAAAAACAACUACAGAAUGAGUGCAAGAUCAUGGAACAGCAUGUGGAUCAUUACAAGAAAAAGGCUCAGGAGUGGAAAGACACAGCCACAAAAGAAAAGAAACUGGGGGAGAAGAUGACAAAGGAACUGGAAAGCAAGCGAACGGAGAUAAAGCAAUACCAGACAGCAAUUGAGGAGAGUCGUAGCAUCAGCGAAAGGCAGAAGUUUGAACUUGGUCAGCACAGGGAAACAAUUGCCAAGCUAGAGAAGGAAAAGCAAGAGCAUUUGCAGAAGAUGCAUGCUGAUUCCACUGCAGUCACAAGCAGCAUAAGGAGGCAGACUAUAUUAGGACCAAUGAAGGAAGUGACUUCAGACUUCUGUAAAGGUGCAACCAAUUACGAAGAAGGAAAGAGCAGGAGUACUUCUGUGGCUCCCAAUUCUACAGGAAGCCAGCUACAUCUAGGAACUCACAAUGCUUCGCUGCCCAGUCAGACAAGAAUUGAGCGCCUCCCGGGUGCUAAAAUUCCAUCUGCUGAAGCUCAGAAAACUGAUGGCAAGGUUCCAAUGUGGCAGAGUUUAAACAAAGAAAAUAAGGAUUACUCUAAAUACUAUCUCCCAUCUUCCACAAAAAAGAAACAAGAUGAGGAAUGUAAAACACAGUGAUUUCCUACAUGUUUAAUUACUAAAGUAAGAGGGCUUCUUAAAAUUUCAUACGGAGGAUUAUGUGAUUUUGUUAGGAGUAUGUUUAUAUUAGUUUCUUUAAUCUAAUACAGUUAUCAGCUUGUUCUAUCACUUGCUAGAGGGAAUCCAUUCUUCUUUAUAAAAUUUGUCUAAGAUUAAGAAAAAGUGAAUCGGUAACAUAGUACUGGUCAUCAUCUAGAAUUAAUUUACAAUUUUUUUUAAAGACUGAUAUUUUCUAAGAGAACAUGACAUAUUUUAAGUUUGCUCAUUACUUUGAUUAAACUUUUAUUUCCUCCAAUACACUGGACUUUUUAAAAUUCAGAUUUAUCUCUUAUUCAUUCUUGUACUUCCUGUACCUCUUUGUACAUACACUUUGUUUUAUAUUAAAAAUGUAAAUAUUUUAAAAUAAAAAUCUGCUACUGA